AUGAAUAUCGACAGGCCUGAAUCAUUGGAGCGCGAUGAGUUAAUUUACCUCGCCCGCCUCUCAGAACAGUCAGAGCGCUAUGAAGAAAUGGUUGGCUAUGUCAAAGCUUUCGUCAAAAAGUCAACGCAAGACUUAACAGUUGACGAAAGAAAUAUCCUUUCAGUGGCCUAUAAAAAUGUUGUAGGAGCUCGCAGAACUUCUUGGAGAGUCUUGAAUUCUAUUGAGCACAAAGAAGAAAGAAGAGGCAACGCUGCCCAUAAAACAGCAGCUGAGAGCUAUCGUGGUGAGGUAGAAGUUGAGCUUAGGCGUAGCUGUGAUGAUAUUCUUAAUGUGAUUGACACUGACCUGAUCCCAAAGGCAGCAAACUCAGAAGCUCGCGUUUUCUAUCACAAAAUGAAAGGUGACUAUUACCGCUAUAUGUCUGAAUUCGCUCAAGGAGCUGCAAAAAAUGCUCCAGCAUCUAAAGCGGAAGAGUCUUAUUUGGAAGCAUUUGAAAUAGCUAAAAAUGAAUUGCCGCCAACCCAUCCUACAAGACUAGGCUUAGCACUGAAUUUCUCAGUAUUUUACUAUGAAAUCAAGCAGGAGCAAGAAAAAGCCUGUGAAAUGGCCAAAACUGCAUUUGAUGAAGCGAUUCCAGAAUUAGAUAAUAUCUCAGAAGAGAACUAUAAGGAUGCAACUUUGAUAAUGCAGCUACUCAGAGACAACCAUACAUUAUGGACUUCUGGUGAAGCUGAGAAGGACUAA